UUUGAGAGAGAGAGAGAGAGAGAGAGAGAGAGAGAAUGGAGGAAACAGAGGUGAAGAGAUAGAGAGAUACAUAGAAAGAGUGGAGGAGAGUAAGAAACAAAGAAGGAAGCCAUUUUGGUUCCUCUGUGGCAUGUUUGUCUGCACUUUGUCCUCUUCUUUCUUGUUUCUUUUUGCUUGGAAAGACUUUCGGAGAGACAGAAAGUGGAAGAAGUGGUAAGGAACGAGGCCUGUCAGUCGGAAAGAUUCGAAGGGUGGACGUCUAACUGAAGACGAGCAACAGGACGGACAACACUGGGAAUAAAAUCUUUCUAAUUUCCAGGUGGUCUUUCUCCAUUAAAUCAGAAAUCUUCAGUUUGACAUUAGCUGGGCGGACGUCAAGUCUUUGAGAAGGGAGGAGAAAGCAAGAUGAGCUCCGACCGAGUGCCGUCCAGGUCGGAGGUGAUGGGAUGGAGCCCACAGCAGCUGGCAGACUACCUGAAGAGGAUGAGUCUGUCCGGCUGUGAUAAAGUUGUGUUGAAGAACUCCAUCAGCGGCUCCAGAUUUGUGAAUCUGAGUGAUAACGACCUCCAGAAAUUCCCCAAACUUCACGCUCCGUUGAUCUCCAAGAUCAGCACUGAAAUCAGCAAAAAGGAGGAGAGGCGAGGCCUGUUCAGUAAAAAAACAACUCCCAAAUACCAUGAACCAGAGACGACUGCUGAAGUUCACGGCUGGGGUGAAGAUGAGUUUGAUGAUGAAGAGUUUGAUGAUGACUAUGAGAGCCCCUACAGUGGUGAUGAAGAGGGCAGUGGGGGGGACUACGAGUCCCCAAAUGAUGACCUGGAUGGAUCCAACGAUUACGAACCUCCCCCCUCAGAACCUCCAGAAGACAUGGUUCACAAGUUAUGCCCCACCUUACCAAUCGGAGACAGCGAUUACAUAGAUAACAGGAAUAACCACGUGUCAAACAGAGGUCCGCCGCCUGCUCUGUCUCCCCGUCCUCCGGCCACCACCCUGUCUGUACCGUCUCCAAGGAUGCCAGGAGAAUCGUCCUCGUCGAGGAGAGACACGUCCCCACACUGUGGACGACCAUCAGGAAAUACUGCUCCAGGGCCGCCACAGAUCUUUCGUGGCAACAAACCUGGUAGAGAUUCAGGAUCCAACCCAUCCCCUGUCAGAGGACCUCACCGCAACACCACAUCGGACAAGGCGGGCACACAGCCUUGGAGGCCUCAGCUGGACGUCCCUGAUGCUCCCACUUGGUCCAAACCUCCUGCUCUUCCUCCAGCCUCCACCUCCAUCAACAGGACCAACUCCUCAGCCAGACAACCUCCCAACAGGUUUGAUGGGAGGCGAGAACAAACACUUGAUGAAGCUACUAAACACAACACCUUCCCUCUCCACAAUAAAAGUCUACCCCCACGGCCAGGACUUCCGGGACUCCCUUCACGCCCUGGAGACAGUAUGCCUCCCAAUAUUCCCUCUUCAGGAUCUCUGCCUCACAAACUGCAAUCAGCGGUGGCAGAACAAAGAGGAAACUUCGGAUCAGAUAGACAGUCGUUUCGUCCUUCUCCAUCCACAACAGCACGCACACAGGAACUGGACCCUUGCUGGUAUGUGGGUAAAGUGACCAGAGGUCAGGCAGAAGGAUGUCUGAAACGAGUCUGCAAGGACGGGGCUUACCUGGUAAGGGAUAGCACCCGGCAGCUGGCCAAUCAGCCCUACACCCUGAUGGUCUUCUACCAGGACAAAGUCUACAAUGUCCAGAUCAGACAACAGAACCAGCAGUUCCUGCUAGGAACCGGACUCAAAGUCCAGGAGUCUUUCCCGUCAGUGAGCGGCAUCAUCGGCCAUUACUCCCAGUCUCCUCUUCUCCUUAUCGACGCCAAAAACCGCAGCUCCAGCCAGCAGAACCAGUGUCUGCUCUCCGACCCAGCCGGAUACUACAUGACCGGACAGAACUGGCCUUGAUGGAUGAAGUGGAUCAAAACAGAUCAGACUGGAUGAGUCAAACUAGAUCAGAGGGGAAGCAAAUGAACAAGCAGAGUUAACGUGAAUGUGUGGCAAAUGUUUUAUGGUUGGGAGAUUUUUUUCUGUGACUGAAAAAUGUCUGAUUUUUGCACGUUGCUUUAUUCCCUUUUUAAAUUUUUUUACACUUUGCAUUUCUUGCAAACAGUUUCCAGCUUUGUGUCGCUCUCUGUUCUUUAAAGGGUUUGAAACAAUAAACCUUUCAACAUUUAACAACAUGUAAAACAGAUUUUUAACUUUUAUUUCUGUAUGAUUCAACUUCUGGAAAACAGUAUGUCUACCGUUUAUUUCACAUUCAAACUAUGCACACGCAAAAACUGUCCUGGUUCUGUGUUCAGCCGAGCUACAUAUAGCCCACAUUUCAUGAUUGUAUUUACAUGUUUUACUUUAGUCUUGGACAUUUUUAAUUCACUGUUUAUGAGUCAAGACUCAACUGGUUUAUCUUAUUAAAACAUCAUGAAAACAUCA